CGCAGCUGUGAGGAGCUGAUGCAUUAUCUCGCUUCUGCUACUCAAGGAAUCAGCUUAGAAAUCAUGAGGUUUUUUUCAAAUAAAAUGAAACCCACCUUGAAUUUUUUUUUGUGUUCAUUCUAGUUUUUUUAGCCUGUAGGCUGCACUGGUUUCACAUUUUCAAGCUUUUCUCAGGAUGCAGGGGAGUGGAAAUCUCUUAAAAUUAAUGCUAAGACUCUCAGGCAUGAUUCCAGCAGCAGAGACUCUAAGAAAAGCACUAAAAAUAGUGUGAGUCAUGAUAAAAUUGUGAGAGCAGGAAGUGUUGCCUCUGAGAGGAGUGGGGAGGAAUCUCAAUUUGUAUGCAUUCAUUAUCUUGGCUUGUGAAGUUAAACUUCUUUUCCUGGGGUGCUGCUUCUUCAUUGCUGAAAGAAUUAUAAAAACUGUUCACAAACCAACUCCUGGCUGAAUGCUCUGAGGCACGUGAUAACUGCAGAGCCUCAAAAUCAGGAGUGAAAUUAGCUGGACAGUUGCCUCCUGCCUUCCUAAAUAGGGAGAAAGUGAGUUUACUGGUGUGGAUGCCUGCCUCAUUUGCUUCAUCAAUAUGAGAUAAAGCAUGCAGGAGAGAGGGGAGAUUUUUGCAAGUAGAACCUACCAUGAUUUCUCAGGGGACAAAAUUUUGCUUAUUCAUACCUUCUACUGUGGCAAAAAUGGAUUAUUUUCCUCACCAAAAACCAGCAGCAUAACGCCCAUCUGACACAUGCCUCAAGGAACUCUUAUUUAAAGUCUUUUAUUUCUUUGUAGCUGUGGUACAAGCAAGAGCCAACCAAUAUCAUCUGCUACCAGUAGGAAAUACCCAUGCUAUUCCUUACCCUUGGCACGAGGUGAAGUUGCAGCUGAGCCUGUGAGGAGGAUUUAACAAGAAAAAUCUAAUUCAUGAUCAAAGAUGGAUGCCUUCUAGCCAACCAGCGAGUCCUGCUACUGCUGCAUGUGUGGCAGCAUCUCUGAAUGAUCACAUGACUCUUGAUAUGGAUGCAGUCCUGUCAGACUUUGUUCGGUCCACAGGGGCAGAACCGGGUCUGGCAAGAGACUUACUGGAAGGCAAAAAUUGGGACUUGACAGCAGCUUUGAGUGACUAUGAGCAGCUCCGGCAGGUGCACACGGCCAACCUGCCGCAGGUGUUCAACGAGGGCAAAUACUACAAGCCACAGGAGCCAGAGCAGCCUCCCCAGGUGACAAAGGCUGAGCGGCCUUGCCUGCAGAGGCAGGAUGACAUUGCUCAAGAAAAGCGUCUUUCCAGGGGUAUUUCUCAUGCCAGCUCAGCUAUAGUCUCCCUUGCUCGAUCACAUGUAGCAAACGAGUGCAGCAACGAACAGUUCCCUUUGGAGAUGCCCAUCUACACAUUCCAACUACCAGACCUGAGUGUGUACAGUGAAGAUUUCAGAAGCUUCAUUGAACGAGACUUAAUUGAGCAGGCAACAAUGGUUGCUUUGGAGCAAGCAGGACGACUGAACUGGUGGUCCACGGUGUGUACAAGCUGCAAACGUCUUCUUCCCUUGGCUACAACAGGUGAUGGAAACUGCCUCUUGCAUGCUGCAUCUUUAGGGAUGUGGGGAUUUCAUGACCGGGACCUUGUUUUACGCAAAGCCCUCUAUACUAUGAUGAGAAGUGGAGCUGAAAGGGAAGCACUGAAAAGAAGAUGGAGAUGGCAACAAACCCAGCAGAAUAAGGAGUCAGGUUUGGUGUAUACAGAAGAAGAAUGGGAACGGGAGUGGAAUGAACUGCUGAAACUGGCAUCAAGUGAGCCUCGUACACAUUUCAGCAAAAACGGAGGCACUGGUGGUGGAGUCGAUAAUUCAGAAGAUCCUGUGUAUGAGAGCUUAGAAGAGUUCCAUGUUUUUGUCUUAGCCCAUAUUUUGAGAAGACCUAUUGUUGUAGUAGCAGACACAAUGUUACGAGACUCAGGGGGAGAAGCAUUUGCACCAAUACCAUUUGGAGGAAUUUAUUUGCCACUUGAAGUUCUACCUAACAGAUGCCAUUGCUCACCUCUUGUGCUAGCCUAUGAUCAGGCCCAUUUCUCUGCUCUUGUUUCCAUGGAACAAAAAGAUCAACAGAGAGAACAAGCGGUGAUCCCCCUGACUGACUCGGAACACAAGUUACUGCCUUUGCACUUUGCGGUCGAUCCUGGGAAAGACUGGGAGUGGGGAAAAGAUGACAAUGAUAACACCAGACUGGCCAAUUUGAUUCUGUCUCUUGAGGCAAAGCUUAAUCUACUACACAGCUAUAUGAAUGUAACGUGGAUACGCAUACCAUCUGAGACACGGCAGGCCCCUUUGGCUCAACCAGAAUCCCCUACAGCUUCAGCCGGGGAAGACGUUCAGUCUCUGGCUGACUCAAUGGACUCGGACCGAGAUUCCAUCUGUAGUAAUUCCAAUGGCAAUAAUGGCAAAAGCAGUAAAGAGAAAGAAAAGGACAAACAGAGGAAAGAGAAAGACAAAAACAGGACGGAUUCAGUAGCCAAUAAAAUAGGAAGCCUCAGUAAAACCCUGGGAAUUAAACUGAAAAAGAAUAUGGGUGGUCUUGGAGGCCUGGUGCAUGGCAAAAUGAGCAGAGCCAAUUCAGGGAAUGGAAAAAAUGGUGAUGCUGUAGAGAAAGUCAAAGAGAAGAAGUCUAAGUCUCGAAAAGGAAGCAAAGAGGAAUCUGGACAGUCUGCGAGCACUUCCCCAUCUGAAAAGACCACUCCAUCUCCGACUGACAGAGCUAGCAACUCGCCCACAGAAAAGAUGAACACUAAAUCCUUCUCUGACAAGCAGUCUGACCCAUGGAAGUACAGCACUGACGUGAAACUCAGCCUAAAUAUUUUGAGAGCUGCCAUGCAGGGUGAACGGAAGUUUAUUUUUGCUGGCCUUCUUUUGACCAGUCACAGGCAUCAGUUCCACGAGGAGAUGAUAGGCUAUUACCUGACCAGUGCACAGGAGCGUUUCAAUGCAGAACAGGAACAGAAGAGAAAGGAUGCUGAGAAAAAGGCUGCACUGAAUGGGUCAUCUAGUAGGAAACUGGAGCCGGAAGCAUAUUCAAAAGAAAAACCAGAAACAUCUCCUCAGGAUAGGGCAUCACCCGUCUUGCCUCAAAGCCAUACAACUCAACUGGUUUUAAAAUUUAAAGAUCGCACUAGUCCCACUCCUGGGUCAUUUUCUUCACCUAGUAAUGGUGCUAAGAAAAGUGGACCCAUUCCGGUAUCUGCCCACUAUAGCCAUACGCCACCCGUUCAAAGGCAAAGUGUCAUCCAUUUGCAUGAUGUCAACUCCAAGCCAUCGAGCUUCCAAGAUGAUACCUACAAGCCAGUGGUUGGCACCUUAAAGACCUGUGCCACCUAUCCCCAACAAAACCGAUCCCUGUCUUCUCAGAGUUACAGCCCAGCCCGGAUAUCCGGUAUCCGCACAGUGAACACGGUGGAAUCGCUCAGCUAUGCCAUGCCUACGGAACACAAGUCUCAGACAUACACAAAUGGCUUCAAUACUGGCGAUAUUAGAGACUGCUUAGAAUAUGCUGAUGAGGAUGCUCCUCAGACCUGGUUGAACAAUGAUAAAAAUCAAGGCAGAAGCACAGUUUGCCCAAUAUAUUCUAUCCAGCAGAACCGCUGUAAGAAGGAGAACUGUUCCUUUUAUGGUCGUCCUGAGACCGAAAAUUACUGUUCAUACUGCUACAAAGAGGAGUUAAAGCGCAGGGAGAGAGAAAGCAAGGGACACAGGCAUUGAGGGUUCUUCCGUGACUAAGUUUUACCGUUUUCUUACUUACAAAGUAAACAGUGUUGAAUUGCAGUAAAAGGAAUCCUUGAAAAACAGAAUAAAGGAUUGAUUAGUAAAUAGUGUCUAGCUUUUCGCUUUUCCGGGGCAAUGAGGAAAUAACAGGAUUAAUUUAUCAUAAAAAAAAUAUUAUUUUCCAUUUUGUCAGUGUCUUUUUUACAUAUACUGGUAAGCUGAAGGAUUGUUUACUCCUUUGUCAGUGCUGUGUAUAUGUUUGGUCAAAAAUUUACUAAUGGUGCCUGAAUUUACACUGACAUCACUCAGGUAGUAGAAUGACAGGGGAAAGUCCUAAUACCGGAGGUGUGGUGUUGUGGUAGGGUAGUAUCUGCCUUGCAGACGUUGGAAAUUCUAUAGCUAUUAUGAGAGUAUUUUUUCCUUUGGUAAAACCUAAAUUUUUCAUAGCCUUUUUUUUCAGGAGGGUAGUGAUUUUGCAUACUGCACAUUUUUAACAUGGCAGCAUAUUGCGUUACUGUUGAUGUUUGUGCUCGCUUUACUCUGAAAUUCAAUGAUUCUGGGAAAAUGGGAGUGAAAGGUCUGAAUUCAUGAGGGCUGUAGCUCUUCCUAAUUUUAAGUUCUUUUCAGUUAUUUCUACACUUCCAUACAAAAGUAGAUUUGAGCCACUUUUAUUUGUACUGAAAUUUGAAACAGGUUUUAUAAAAAAUACAUUAUGACUUGCAAGACUUCACGUCAUUAAAAACUCCCACAUAGUUUUGGGCACCUGAAUUUCAGUAGUAUUUUCAUUGCUAUUAAAACUAAGAGAAAUGUUAAAAUCAAAUGAAAAUAUAAAAAUUGUAUUUGAUUUGGAAAAUUUGAUGACCAGGUAGGAAAUUUAGCUGAAUGAACUGCUUGUCAAAACAAAUGUAUUGCAUCAAUGGAUUCCCUUAGCCAUUGCAUGAAUUUAAUCAGUGUUUAUUUCUUCCUUUCUCAGCAUUACGGAGUGAUAGUUAUUGCACACAUAACUACUUCUCAGCCUUUCUUGAAGAGUGUUGGCGCCACCUAUUUUUGAGUCUUCUUCUAGAGUUAUAUACCCAAGAUGCCUAUAAAAUACCUCUAGUAUGAAAGGCAACUCCUAGCACAGAUUUGCACAAGUCUGGUAGCCAAGUAUUUACAUAAGGAUUUGCAAUACUUUUGAAAAUAGAACUUUGCUCAUAGAAACAUUUCUGUAAAGCCGACACCACAAAUACUGCUAAAGUAGGGGGAUGACAUUAGGAAGUUUUCUUGUAUUUAGUACUUGCUGGUUUAGCGCCCCCACACCAUCAAAUGGCAUGAUGUAGUAAGAUCAGAUCUUUAGUGUUGUUACACUUAUAAGCAAUUACUCAUUUCCUGUCUGCCUGUCUUAUUCUUUUUAAAGAAGCUUAUUUUCCACAAAUAGGUGUAGUCCUGCCUUCGAGACUGCUUACUCUGUCACCUAAAGGUGCAGAACAUGAGUUCUGCCUUACUCAUUAUGGAAUAGCACUUUCCUGGCCUAUACAGGAAAGAUCCUUUGCUAAAGGCCUUUAUUCUGAUUUCUUUCUGCUGUACCCCAAUUUUUACUCCUGACAUGGGUGGCACCAUUUCACUUGUGUACAGUUAAUCCUGGUUAGCCUUGAAACCAAGCAUAAAAUAGUCUGAGAAACAAGAUACACAAAGUUCCGCUGACAUGGACUGGCUUUCAGGAAAAGCACAUAAGCUUUUGUUCAUGUCCCACAGAAAUUUGCGGAACUGAGCACAUAUUUAAAAUGGACCAUAUGUUUAGGUUUUCUGCUGAAUGGGAGGUUUAAAGAAUGGUUUCAGAAUAAGUCCAUUAGCCACUCCUAACAAGUUCCAGUCUUUGCUGUGUUAGCUGUUCCAUGACGCCAGACCUGUACAUCAUAUUUCUUGCCAUAUCCUGAGCAUACAGAGAAUGCUACUGAAUUUGCAUUCCUUGAUAAAAGGGAGGUGUUGGUAUGCAGAACAAGAGGCUAAAACUCCAUGUGACGUCUGUCCUUGAGGUAAGCACGUUCUAGAGCCCAUGUCUAUGGUGGUGUGCGCGGGGAAGCCUUGUCCUUUUUGGGUUAACUCGUGUCAUUACCUGCAAGUUCUCAUUGCUAAAGAAAUCUGUGAUUGCAAAUUAUGCUAAAACAUGCCAGGUCAUGUUAAAACAAAUCAAAUGUCAGACUUGAUUGUAUUUGUUGCUGAGACUGAGAAAACUGACAGGAUAAAACUUCAUUAAAAAAAAAAAGAAAUACUGAAGAAUUCAUAGAGCGUUAGAGUAGCAGUUGUAUUUGAUACUCUGACAGUUGCUUCUAUGUAAAGUUGUGCUUAAGAAAUAUUACAUUAGCAGUAAACUACACCAUCCCAUGUAUUAAAAUCAGUUGUAUACUUUAUGAAUGAGGAAAAGAGUUAUGGCGCAUAUGUAAAAAUACGCAAUUACCACAAGAAUUUGCUGCUUUCCAUUUUUCAAAUCAGUUGUUUCUAUAGUACAUUUUUAAGAUCUACUGCUCACAGAAAAAAAAAAAGAGGUUUACAGCUGGUCAAUAUUUAGAUAAAUUACUCUGCUCUAAAUCAUUGAAUAGGGUGUACCUCUAUGUUAGAUUAUUUCCAAAUGUUAAUUGGUUUUCUGAAUAAUAAUAUGCUUUUCUCUGUAGGAUACCAAACUUCAGUGUUCAGUCACUCAGAUAUUUCUACAAAUAUUUGCCACUACUGGAUUGUUCAUUUUAAAGUAUCUGUUACAUGAAAUACUGACAGAACAGUUUUUAGUUGUGCCCAUUUCCUAAGAAUCCUUCUCUUGGUACAUCUUUGAAUAAUUUCCUUAAUAUUGCGGUUUUGUUCUAGAACUCUCUUCAAAUAUCCCAUUAUUCUGUUGUCUGUUAACAUUUGAUAUUGAAAAGAAGUUGCAGGCCCACAAUGCCAUUUGCCGCUUAAAAUCUACCCAUCUUUUCCUAGUAGUUGUCCUUUGCUCUGGCUAAGUAAUAGCGUGAUUUGUGGCAGUUGUCUCAAGGGGAUGCCAUAGUUGGUAUUAAAUAGUCCAAACAUGCAGAAACAGUGCCUGCUCCUGAAGAAGUGAUUGUCUCAUUAAAAGAGGAGUCCAACUGUAAGGGGGAAUUUUCUACCAAUUUUUUUUUUGAGAGAAUUCCAACUGCUCAUGAGUUGCAUUCACCAGCACUGGAAGAAAUUGUCAUUCCUUAGCUAGGUGUGAGAGGGAAUAAUUUUCAAAUGUAUUUUUCUGUUAGCUAACUGGCUACGCUUUGACUGCUCUUCUGUUUGUAUUUCCUUGCCUUGAAAGCACAUGUAGCCCGCAGGCUACAAGUUUUCUGUGCCAGAUCAGGUGGAGAGGGCUCGCUGCCUUCCAGGGCUUCUUAGUUAUCACUUAGUCCCAGCUGUACAGAAAGCAGUUUGGAGAACCAUGUUAAUUUCUCCUGUUAGCUCAAGUAGCUGCAACAGACAUGCAUUUUUAUGCAUUUGAUAUGUGCUUUUUUCCCCCUCUCUUCUUGAUAAUGAUUCAAUUAUUAUCACUGUUGUCCAGAUUUCAAAAGUACAGACUAAAUCCUGGGUAGGCUACACCUCCCCAGAACAGAUCCAAAAUCACCAAGAGAUAUUUAUGGUGGAGGAAAAUGUUGGGGUUUUUGGUUUUGUUUUUAUUUGUUUUUGUUUGAUUUUUGUUUGUUUGUUUUUUUAAUGUGUGAAUGUGCAAUUUUUCUAAUUUAAAAAAGGCUUAAACCUAAUAUGCAACUUUUUUUUACCUAGUCCAUAAACUCUGAUACAACGGUCUGUUCAUAACAGACAACACUUGUAAUACAUGUGGGUUUUAGCCACACUUUAUAUUAAAGUUCCAUCUGAAAUGCUUUAUAAACAGUUAAUAAACAACUGCUACACUUUAGAAGUAUUUUUGGAGAUGUGGGUAUCAGUUGUGGCAUAUGUCAAACAAGCAGCUCAUUCAGAAGGAGGUGGUGUAGAUUAUCAAAAGUAACUUCAGAUAUUUGGGCUUUUAAAGCAAUUGCUUAACCUUUAGUUAUUAUGGUCCAUUAAGCUUUAAAAAUGCAAUGGAAAUAUAGUGUGUGACCCAGCUUUCUUUAGCAAUUAAUCCCUUCUUCCUGAGUCAAAGGUGACAUGAAAGACAUCAGGAAAAGAAAGAUGCUGUGCUUGGAAAGUUUCGUGUUGCUCAUUUCUUAAGUCUAAAUAGAUUAAGUGAAGUCUUCAGAGUCAUCUUUCCUAAAAUGGCAAAACUCAUUAUGUGAGCAGUAUUACCUGAUAGAGGAAGCAUUGUGAAGGGACGCUGAAUGUGGAUUUGCACACCGUUUGACUGCAGAUCAACGCAGUCUGCCAAGGCAAUAUCAGUCCUUGUACUUAUAGGCAUAUUCAGGGUAAUCUACUUCUUGUGUGAUAAAUGUGUAGAUAUCAAAAAUGCACAGCACAGAUCUGACAAAAUACUGCCCUCUAAUGCUCUGAUUCUGCAAACAGUUACACUGGUGCUUAACUUCACCAAUAUUAAUAGUCUCUGACAUCAAGAGACUGCUUGUUUUCAGAAACUUAAGAAACACCAUAAAAGUUUGUGGGAUCAAGGCCUGAGCCUUUACCAGUGUUUGUUCCCCUGGGGCUGCCUGACGUUACUCUUCCAAAGAGAGAAUCGAUGACAAUUUUGUCUGAGGAGCAGAGCAAAGCCUUAGGCCUCUUUGGGCACAAUCUGCCAUCCUCUGGAAUCUGUGGAUGCAAUCCUGUCAGUAGUGGGGCCUUAAAUCAGGUGCUUCAUGGACACACAAAAUACUUGCAAGCUGGACGUGAAAGUGAAGUAGGAGCUAGUAAGGGAGUGAGGUCUUCAUAACGCUGAAAAUGGUUUGCACAGGUGAAAACCCGUAAGUUAAUAGAAACCACAAUAAUCUCAAACAUGGGUCCAGAGAAGCAAAAUAACAACACUGAUGCUGGUUGUAGAUGGCUUUUCAGUUUAGUGUAUUUUAGUCUCUGUCAGUGUAUUUGAAGACUAUUUGUUUUAGGGUAUGGCAGCUUACGCAGAGGAUCACCAAACAGUAUAUAUAGUAUAGAAUUUAAAUUAUUUCAGUAACAGACACUAGUAUCUAUUUUAAUUUGAACGUUAACUUCCAGUGUAUAUGACUAAAAGUGCUAUAUUGUUAAAAAUGAGAGGAAAACAACACAAAGGUGUUUGUAAGUAUGUUCUGUUUGUAGACUUAAGGCUGUAUUAUGUUGGAAUUUUACAAGCCAAGUUUAAAUUGUAAUAUAGAAAUUAUUUUUAUAUUAUUUUCAAAAUAUGCUACAGAGCAAUAUUUUGCACCUUUAUUAUAAACAGGGUCAUUGUUUUCAUAGGUUACCUUCAGAAAUGCUGGUAGAAAUGAACCAUGAAAAGAACGCUUUGUAAAUGUCCAUGUUGUUUCUAACUGCUCUGUCUGUUGUGCACAUCUAUAUCUAAUGUGAGAUGAAUAUACAAUUUUUUUUUAAUUGAAAAGCUUUAAUUUUUUCUUUAUAUCUUUUGGUACAACACUAUCCCUACCAAUAGCCACUUUUAUAAGCAGCUUCUGAAAACAACAUUCAUCUGGAAAGUUUUCUUACCAAAUGAAACAUUUCUGCACAGAUCUUGAUUGACUUGGGACAUUCAUAAUAUACUCUGAAUCCAUGGGAGCAGGAUUACUUUGCAUUUUUUAAAAGCAGAAUCAGAAUAGUUUCAAAAUUAAAAUCAAGAAUGAAUAACCAGUGCAAUCAUUUAGCAUCUGUGGGAAGAAAAUCAUUCUAGAUCAUAGAAAUAUCAUCCUCUAAUUGGCAGAUACAUUGUGUCUUAAUAUUUUUAUCAAAUGUGUCAGCUUCUUGCAGAUUAAAGUGUUCAGAUUUUAUUUCUUCAUACUGUGCGUAUCAAUUACUGAUGAAUUGUGCAAAAAAGACUCUGCACACUAAUGCAUAUGUUAAGUUAGGAGUCAGUGUAGCUUUUAAAAUUCCAUAACAUUUGUGGUUUGGUUUGCUUGUUUAAGAAUUACCAUUAAGGUAUGUACUGCAACCAAAAUUGCCAGAUCUGGAUGCUUAAUGUUAAGAUUCUGCAUCUAGGUUUCUCCUAAUAAACAGACUGGUUUUACGAUGUACUGAGCAUCAAUUUCUGGGGGAGGAAAAGCUCGCUCUUGGUUUCAGAAAAUCAAGUGAGCAUUAGUCCAGCACAUAUUGAGGCCUUUUUGUUAUUAGUCUGUGCUUCUUUUCAGUCAAUGGAAUUUACUUUUUCUCUUUAGUGAUUUUCCAUGUGUGAACAAAUAUUUGGGCUUAUUCAUAAACUGAUUGCUUGAAUAUGGAGAGACUUGCCUUGUCCCAAAACACCAUAUAAUUGUCCAUUUAACUGUUACAUUCUUAAUGGGGCUAGUGUAUUCCACUGAUUUUGGGGAGGAUAUAAGACCUUUUUUUCUUGGUUAUCAUGAACACUCUUGUUUUGUUUGUUUGUGGGUUUAGUUUCUUCUCAAGUGAAUAAGCUGCUCUGCUUGCUGUUUUAUCUCCCAUUACCUGAAUGCAUGUACUGUACUAAGAGAAUUGAAAUGGCUGAUGCACAUUUGCACUUUGGAACACGCGAUAUGGGUAAAAGCCACCAUGUUCCAAACAGCCUUAAAAUGAUGACUCUCUGGGGACUGAGAGUCACUUAACUGGAUGCAGCCUCUGUCCCACUUCCUCAUUUAACCACGACGGGAAACCACUCCAGCCUGCUGUCGCCUCUGUAACUGUAUGCAUAUUCAUGUGAAUAACCCGUAAUCUUAAAAGAAAUCUUUCUUUAAAAAGUUGUAAUUCUUUGAUAGUUGUGAGCGUGUCAGGAAACCUUAGUCAAAAGAGGAGAUGGGGUAAAAACAGAGAGACAAGGGUAGCUAGCGGAGUAACCAUGGCACCAAAAGACUCAAAAGAGGUAAAAUACUUACCAAAAACUAUUUCCUGUCAAGACUGGAAGUUUUGUAGAUCUUCCUGUAUUCUGGGAAAACAGAAAUGUAGUUUUGCUAUUCAUCUCUGUACCUAAUGUAGUCUGUUUAUUGCAGAGGUGCACCGCUGGUGCACUGCUAUUGGGGAAGAGGGGAGAGAAGUUUUCUUCUUAAAGCAAAUUCUACUCUAGUGACAGAAUCAUCUGUGAUUGCAAAACUGUAAUCCAAUGUUAGAACUAAACAGUGCCUAACUUCUGUGUGUGAGUUGUGUAUGUCAGUUUCAUUUUGCCCCUUUCAAAUUAUGUUAAAAAAAAAAAAGGGGGGGGGGGGAGUUUAAAGAACAAGCUUGUAUAAUAGUGACCCAGUUGUUCAUUUGUUCACAUGUGAAAUCAAUAUAAACAUGAAAACAGUUACAUUGGAGUUGCACUUUCCCUCUCAGGCAAGCUGAGAGGUAAAAGCCACCUUUAGAGGUAGAUGCCAUGUAACUGCUUUGCCACAGAAUAAACUUAGAACUCCUUGGCGCAGAAACUUUGCCUGAUGAAGCCUGGCUAUGUCUGGAGCCUGAGAGCCAUGGCCAGCCUUGCCAGAACAGAUCAAGUCUGGUCAUUCUUGCCUUUGAAACAGACACAGCUUGUCCUGGCCUGUGGUGUCAGAACAGUAUCUUUGCAGUAAAGAUGAAGUGGAGCAUUGCCUUGUUGUCAUUUGCCUACAGGCUUAAGUAACACAAAGCCUCUUCCCCAUGCUUUUGGUUAAAACAUGCAGGAGAUACAGCACCAAAACGUGCCAUCUCAGGCUCAGAGAAUACCCUGCGUCUCCUUAUAAAGUGCUUGCAAUCAGGUAUGAAUUGAAACAGCCAUGUGGGCGUGAUAAAAGCGCUCUCGUGUCUCAACCUUGCAAAUUGUGUGCACUUACGUUUUAAUACUAACAGAAAUUAAGCAAUGAUUUUAUUGUUUAUGUGCUCAAGAUUCUGCAUACUGUAAAUAAGGUCUUUGUAUAAUGCACAUAGUUUGUGUACAAUACAAAAACUGCUUUUCCCUUGGAUCUGCUCAGAGAGCUUUGCAUGCACAUGAUACCAAUCUCUGUUCAUUCACCAGAAGCCAAGGAGAACAAAUGGGAUUUAAGCCUAGAUUAAAUCAUGAAUGGGAUUAGCCACAUAGACUAAGCAGUGAGGAGUUCCCACCCAUAGUAUUCCAGGCCGGCUUUGGCAGUGAUCUAUCCUGUUGAUCUACAUUAGGUUUCUGCUCUGUCCUGGGGAGGAGCAAUUACUUCUGUGUCUUUUCCAAGUCCAUUGCUCUUGCCCUGCUUACUCAUCGUUGCAUUUGCAAUGUGCCACUUGUAUCAUGAUUCAGGUAUGAAGCAGUUUUUCAAAUCUGCAUAGAGCUCAUGUUUUCUUAUCGGAAUCUGUCUAGAGCUUUAUUUUGCAUUCCAUUUUAAGGCAUAAAAUACUGUUCUAAACUUUUCAUAAUGCCUUGAAGUUGACUGUUGUGUGGCUGAAAGACUUUGUUCUCCUUGGAAGACCUUGUUCUUCUUCAUUGAUUCUUGUGACAAACGUUUUUGUAUGGAAAAAGUUGAAUGAAACAUUGAAAAUAUCAAUGCUGUUUACAUAUUUCUGCCAUUCAGCAUAGUUUAUCUUUUUUGUUACAUGACUCUGUGUUGUUAAAGCCCAAUGCCUGUCAGAUACAGGCAAAUCUUGAAGGACAGUCUGAAUUAUUAUACACAAAAGACGUAUGUAGCUAAUUUAUUUUAAUUUUACUGUUGCAUAAUAUGCCCUUCCCAAACUGUUUGUACAUCUUUUUUUGCUAUUGCUAACACUUUUUCUUGCAUCUUCUACUUCUUUAGACAAAUUCUAAAGCUCUUUGUCCUUAAAGCCUGUGGUAGAUGUUCCCAUAAAGAAGACUGGCUUUCUCUGUUGAGGUUCCGUGUGGAGUGGCUUGUCUCCCGAAACAAGAAUUAACACAGGUGUCACACCCGUAGUUUAUAGAAGUUCAUUUACUCAUUAACUGAAGAUGUCUGUUCAAUUAUAACCAAAGCUAAUUAUAGAAACUUUAAAAAAUCAGGACAGGUGAUGUGAUUGUGUCUAAUAACCUGGCAAACUCGGCAUUUUUAAACCCAUAGAAAUGUACAAUAAAUGUCCAUAUUUCAAAGGAAGAUAGUAGUUGCCUGUCAAGGGGGCUCAAGUAAAUGUUAAUAAGGAAUAAAGCAAAUCUCACUCAAUUUUGUUGGCUAAGAAUUCAACUUCUUGGUAGUAAUACCAUCCUUCUCAUUUUUCAGAGUCUGAGUUUGAGUUUCUUGGCUUCUAUAAAUUCAUACUAUUUUAGCAAAAUUGAUUUAGGAUUUCAAUAAACAAUAUAACAGAUAUACCAGACAUUUAUUUAAAGCUGAAGUGACUUUCCCAGUUUCUUUGUGUUUGACCAUUUUCAUGCAAAACUUUUAUCCAGUAUGAAAGUAGUGAAUUUAUCUUUUACCAUUUCCUUCCCCUAUUCAUAAUUUAAAGAUGCGAUUGGCUGCAGUCGCUCUUGUCUGCAAACAAAACUGUUGAUCAUUUUUAAGCUGACUGCCAUAUCAUGUUUAAAUCCAUUGUUCAAAAGGAACAGAAGCAUUAAUUAACAUUAAAGGAUAAUGAAUAUUUUUUUGUUGUGAAAAGUGUGAGUUCUUGAGAACCUUUUCUACAUGCAGUUUUCAUUCAAAUUCAAUUUAAAUGUCAUUUUUAAUCUGAUCCAUACUUUGACAAAGAUGAUGUGUAAGAGCUGUUUUUAGCAGUUGGAUUGUUACUUUGUAAAGUAUUAAAGCACUAAACCAAUUUUUGCAAUAGGUAGUAAAACUUGCUUUUGUUUUGAAAAACUUCCAGUUAUAACUGUCGCACUUUUUAUAGCAGAACUGUAUUUAAUUUCUUUCUUUUAGGAAAGAUUACUCAAAGUAACUGAUAGCUCUGUAAUCUGUGUGAAUUCGCUUCUCCUUUAUUUGAAACUGAGAGAAGCUAUAAUGCCUAUUCAAUAAAAUCAACUUAUUUCUAAAGUA